AUGGCCGUGCUUCGCUGCGGUCGUGCUCGCUUCGCUCGCGGCGUCCGUAGCGAAGCGGCGGCCGUCGUUCCGCUCGACAUGCCCGGCUUCCUCCGCAGCGGCAAAAACUUUUUUCCGCGAAAACCUUAUGUGAAAGGUUUCCACACUUUGUAUUAUGAAGGAUUUUGGAGGAGGAUUAUAUUAUACACAAAGAGGAGUUUUAUAAAAUUUUUCUACAGUUUGGCAAUUCAACAGCUUUUGGGGGUUUGGCAAGACAAGCUUUUUACCACGGUUUGGCAAUUCAACAGCUUUUGGGGGUUUGGCAAGACAAGCUUUUUUCCACGGUUUGGCGAGUCAACAGCUUUUGGGGGUUUGGCAAGACAAGCUUUUUUCCACGGUUUGGCGAGUCAACAGCUUUUGGGGGUUUGGCAAGACAAGCUUUUGGCGAGAUAAAACGUGCCGGAUUGGGGAAGGCCAACAUACAACACCCAACGUUCGAGUAUUUAUACUAAAAAAGAUAGAUGCAAAUGUUACACAGAUUACAAUUUAAUUCCCUUAGUUCCUUAAAAAAUUUAAAAAAGUAUUCCCAUGUCGAAAACAAGUGUGGUAUGUUGGUGGAAAGACAAAUACAAUUAUUAAAAAAUGGAAGUUACCAACCUACUUACAUCAAAGUUUUGUGAAUCAUGAGUGCAUAGUUAAAGAACUAAAUCUGUGGCUAAUUGUUUGCCAACUCAAUUCUGAUGUAUUUAUGC